UUGGCUGGCUCUGAGCGAGAGAGAGAGAGAGGUCUCUCUCUCUGCUUGACAUCUCUCAUGCCAGUCUGUCAUAUCUCUCUCUCUCUCUAUAAAACUGGCUUUCUCUCUCUAGAUAUGUAUUUAGUAUAUAGACAUUAUGGAAAGCCUCUAUAUAUAUGCAUAUACAUAUUCUUCUAUAUAUCUACGUUUGGUCCUGCUUUCUGGCUCUUGAAUUUUAGAGAGAGACGGCAACACCAUGAGUCUCUUCGGCCUUGGAAGCAGAAACCAGAAAACAUUCCGUCCUAAAAAGAAUGCUCCCUCUGGAAGUAAGGGUGCUCAACUUCAAAAACAUAUUGAUGCUACCUUGGGUAGUGGGAAUUUGAGGGAAGCCGUACGACUGCCUCCUGGAGAAGAUAUUAAUGAGUGGUUGGCUGUAAACACGGUGGACUUCUUUAACCAAGUGAACAUUCUGCAUGGUACUCUGACUGAAUUCUGUACUCCAGUCAACUGUCCAACAAUGACUGCAGGACCAAAAUAUGAAUAUAGAUGGGCGGAUGGGGUUACUAUUAAAAAACCAUUAGAGGUGUCUGCCCCAAAAUAUGUCGAGUAUUUGAUGGAUUGGAUUGAAGCUCAGCUAGAUGAUGAAUCAAUUUUUCCUCAAAAAAUAGGGGCACCCUUCCCAUCCAAUUUCCAUGAAGUUGUCAAGACAAUUUUUAAGCGAUUGUUCCGUGUAUAUGCGCACAUCUAUCACACACAUUUUCAGAAGAUUGUGAGUUUGAAGGAAGAAGCUCAUCUCAACACUUGCUUCAAACACUUUGUUCUCUUUACAUGGGAAUUCCGCUUGAUCGACAAAGGGGAGCUUGCACCUUUGUAUGACCUUGUUGAGUCUAUUCUACAGUGAUCCGUCUUCUUUUUGUUUGAUUUUCUUUUUUCCCUUUGUUUGAGUGUCUAGCUAGGUACAUAUUUUGGUGACUUUCUAAUAUGCAUAUAAUUUUGUGGAAUGAGAUGCCUUCUUUUAGGACCCCUUCUUUUA